AUGACUAUUUUUCGCCAUAUAGCUAGUAUUUAUUUAAUAAGAAAUAGCCGUCUUAUAACCUCAACAUCUUCAGCUUUACAAACUAAUCAUCCAACCAAAAAUCAAGCUGGCAAAGCCAAUAAAAUUUAUAAUAAGAAAUUACAAAACUUAUCACGACAACAGGAAGAUAUUGAUAGUGAUUCCGAUUCAGAUGAUGAAUAUGAGCGUAAAAGACAAAAUUUAAAACAGAAAUACAGCCAAAAGGGUGAUUCUGAAUUUUGGCGCCGUAAGAUGCGUACUUUACAUCGUAUUUUAGAUGUUAAUCGUGAUGGUGUGAUCUCAUUCGAUGAUUUUACUUUAUUGCACAAACGUUUCUCCGAUUUGGGACAUUUGACACCAGAAUUAUCUGCCGAAUUCUUGGAUGUUAUGAAACAAACCUGGGAAGAGCAAUUUGGUGAAAUAACACCCUAUAAUCUAGUAACAGCUGAACAAUUUUUAACCGAUCUACAUCAUCGUUUAAAUGAUGAGAAAAUGUUCAAAAGAGUGGGAAGAUUCUUGCCCUAUUUGUUCAAGGCUGUUGAUUAUGACCAUACCGGCCAUUUAGAUUUAGAUCAAUAUAAGCUAUUCUUCCGUUGCUUGGGCCUCUCCGACGAAGAUGCCGCCAUUUCAUUUGCUGUGAUAGAUAUUAACGGUGACGGCCAGGUGUCACUCAAAGAGUUUGUACACUUGGGCCGUCAAUUCUUUUUGACUGAAGAUGAAACAAAAAUUUCCAAAAUGUUUUGGGGUCCCUUAAUUGAUCAUUGA